AUGCAAGGCUGUAGCAUAAUAGCGCGAGGCGUAACGGAAUUCAUCGGACAAGUAGAGCAAGUUCCUGACGCUGCCUUUUCUACAGGCUAUCGGGAGCUCACCUUCCUCGCACCGUCCGACUACUCUUUUGCAAAGGCAGCCUUUCGGCCGCGUGUCACUGCUGCCAAUCGAACAGAGCUUCUGAACUAUCACAUCGUAACAGGGCUCUACAGCUUUGCGCAGCUUAAAGCCCUGCCCAACCGCAGCAAGAUACACACUAUGGCGGGGAAGAGCAUAGUGAAGCACAGUGUGCGGGCCAGUAGGUUCUGGAACCCGGGGACGAGUGUGGCGUUGAGCAGUCCCAGUGCGCAGCAGCUGUAUUGGGCGCAGGUGGACACGAAGAAGCUGUUCAAUGGGCAGUAUGUGAAGGGACAUGUCAUCGACUGCGUUCUCGUGCCUAACUGA